AUGGCCUCAUAUGAGAGUUCCCACUCCUGGCUGCCUGAGCGACGUGGGGCCAACGAUAGCGGGGAUGGCGCCCAUUCCUUGCAGUACGAUGACUAUACAGUUGGAUGGAUCUCCGCCCUUCCGCUAGAGAUGACAGCUGCUCAAGCUAUGCUGGAUGAAAGACACGAGUCACUACCUCAAAAUCUGCAGGACAGCAACUGCUACGAAUUUGGAAGUAUCAACGGACACAACGUAGUCAUCGCUUGUCUGCCUAAAGCGCAGUAUGGGAACAAUAAUGCAGCCAUCGUUGCGAACAAUAUGAAUCGGACUUUCCCUCACCUUCUACAUCGUUUUCUGGUCGGUAUCGCGGGCGGGGCACCCGGAGCAGUGGACGUUCGCCUUGGAGAUGUCGUGGUCAGUACAUAUGCCAUACAAUACGAUCUGGGAAAAGCGAUGCCCAACAACCACUUUCAGCACAUUGCAGAAGCGAUCAGGCCUCCCCAGGCGCUUCUGACUGCGGUUUCAAAAGUCGAAGCGAGACACAACGGAGGACAAGUGCAAAUGCUCGAGGUUCUGUUCGAUACUACAGCUCGCCUGCCUCGGUACGCUCAUCCAAUGCUUGAAGAUUGUCUCUUUCACAGCGAUUUCACCCAUACAUCAUCAGGUGCAAACUGCAAUGAUUGUGAUCGAUCUCAGCUCAUCUCAAGGGAGAUACGUCAAAACAGCAGCCCGGUCAUUCACUAUGGCCGUGUUGCGUCAGGAAACCAAGUCAUCAAAGAUGCACAAACUCGAGACGCUCUAUCGAACAAGAUCAAUAAUAUCUGCUUCGAGAUGGAGGCAGGAGGUGUUAUGGAUAGCUUUCCUUGUCUUGUGAUUCGCGGUAUUUGCGACUACUCGGAUUCGCACAAGAACAAGGGUUGGCAGGAGUACGCAGCUUUGGUUGCCGCGGCGUAUGCCAAAGAGCUUCUCAUCUCCAUGCCUCCUGAAUUGUUGCAGCCAUGGAAGCGAGAAAGGGUACAGCAACUCAAAGUCCCAGACCCUAUUAGCCCUGAAGCUGACGAGUGUCUGCGUGCGAUGUUUGUCACAGACUCUUCACUAGAUCGUGAGGGCAUUCUCGAUGCCAAGGGCGAUAUCUGUGAGGGAACUUGUGAAUGGAUUAUAUCCACAGACGAAUUCCAGACUUGGGAUCAGAAUCCUCCUCACCUGCUAUGGAUUUCUGCACCACCAGGUAUGGGCAAGACAUUCAUGUCUAUUUAUCUUUCUAAGCAUUUUGAGGAUGUUUCUAAGGAAGGGUCUGGAAUUAUGACUAUUUUCUUCUUCUGUGAUAACAAUGCUGAAACAAGAAACACGGCAGUGAACAUUCUCAGAAGCCUCAUAUAUCAACUCAUCUCUCACCAGCCAAGCCUCAUCAACACAAUUAUACCCCGGUGGAAACAGCAAUCUCAGCGGCUGUUCGAAGAGACCUCGUUCAAUACUCUAUGGAAGCUCUUUGAAGACAUGAUUGCGAAGUCAGACGUCAAUACCAUAUACUGCAUCAUCGAUGCCCUUGAUGAAUGCGAAGCAAACUCCCUGUCCCUUCUGCUCCGAAAGUUCGAGAGACUUAGUCAAGGACAUUUGGGCUCAUCUCCCAAAAUGAAGCUCGUAUGCCUCAGCAGGAGGUAUCCAGAGAACAUACCCGAAGCCCUUUUGCUCUUUGCAAAGAUGGAAUUUGAUACGAUGACUGCUAGAGAAGAGGACAUCGGUCGAUUCAUCUCGUCUCAAGUCCAGGAACUUGCUCAGAAGAAGAAGCUCAAUCGUGAGAUGCGCUCUCGUUUGGAAGAGACUUUCCAGCGGAAAUCUGAAGGGACCUUCCUUUGGGUUAGCUUCAUGGCUCAAGACUUGCAGAAACAGAGAUUACUUGAUUUUGAGGCGGCCCUCGAGAUGCUACCAGCUGGGCUGGAUGCAGUUUACGAAAGAAUUCUGCAGAAUAUUGACUUCGAAAAACGGGAAAUGAUACAACGCAUCCUCUAUUGGAUCCUCGUCGCCAAACACCCUUUUACGAUACCUGAGUUGUGCGAGGCAGUUGAUAUAAAACCUACAGGGUUCUUGACACGCGAAGAGGUCUGCAUUGAGCUAAUCAAGUCUUGUGGCCAUUUGCUUCAAAUAACAGAUGAACGCAUUCGAUACUAUGUGAGACAAGCAAGGUGUUUGAAACAGACAGCGAGAUUUCUUCACCAAAGUGCAAAGGAUUACCUGAUGAAAUUCGAUCGCAGGUUCGGUUUACAAAUGCCAGGACUCGCACAAACCCAGCUCCACGAGCACGCUACGAUUACUUUGAUUCAGUACCUCGAAAAGAUUAGCUGCCACCCUGCUAUUAACUCCGCAACAUCACGUGAUAUAGAGAUUGAUUUACCAUUGUUCCAUUAUGCUUUGAACAAUUGGCACUUUCACUUCAAGGAAUUGGAAGAUAUCACUCAAGUAAUGCAGCAAGGCACGAACUUCUUCGACAAAGAUUCAAAAGUCAGACUCGCGUGGCAAAGUAUUUACCAUUUCCCUGGAAACGCACCAAAUUCCUCACCGAUACCCUUGCUUCAUUUGUCUGCCCAUUGCGGUCUAAAACGCUUGGCUGAGUGGUGCUUGAGACGUGAUGGAGAACACGACGUUGACACCGAAUGGGGUAUCUUGGAACACACAGCACUUGUAAUCGCCAGCAAAGGACAAGAGGAAUACAUCAUAACUUUGCUUCUCGAUGCAGGCGCCAAUGCCGCCGCUCGCGGUUGUUCUGACAUCAAUGCUCUUGAAGCGGCUGUAACCCACUGCAACAGGCAUAUUUUGCAGCUUAUGGCACGAACAGAAUCCUGCAGGAACUUUUUAACUGAGCAGGCUUCUAACGAAGAUGGCAGUUUAUUCAAUGAAGCUGCCUUCAGUGGAAACGAGGAUGCAUGCCGCUUCUUAAUCGAGGAUCUUGGAUGGGAUCUCAAGUGGCAAAACGGAAGAGUUGGUUACUCAGCCCUAGCUUCUGCCGUAGAAGGUGGCAACGUCAAACUUGUUAGCUGUUUUAUCAAAGAGUGGAAUGUCCUCAUUGAGGAUCACUGGGACAUACUGAAAAUAGCCUGCUCCUCGUUUGCAUCCGAACAUGCUUUCGAACCAAUUAUGCGGCUCCUAGUCGGCCACUGCUCCGUUGACAUCAAUGCCACAGACGGAGAAGGGCAGAGUGCCAUAUGUUCCACGUUUAGAAGGGUCUGGGCCCUUUCCACCCUAAGGAUAUUAUUACAGUUUGGCUGCAAUCCCGACCAGCCCGACCGCCUCGGCCGAACACCUAUGCAUUGCCUCGCAAUGUAUACUUUUAACACUGUUUCUCCAGACUUCUCAAAGGUCAUCGAGCUUCUAUACUGCACUACCUCAUAG